AUGGAACUAAUUACAGACAUUGACAUUGGGCGGUGGUGCUCAGAGAAAGGGGUGGAUCCUAGAAACUGUUUUGGGUUGCGAGGAAAUAUGGUCACUGUUACUGAUGAAGGUCUGUUAAAGACCGUGAGAAAUUUAUGUGGUGUCAAACUACCCUGUAUCAUUGAUAAAUGGACAGGCCCCUAUGGGGAUGCUAGUGCUGUUCUCAUUAAAAAUGGCAAUCCCUUGGACCGAACCCUCAUUCCUAGUAUGAUAUUAUUAGAAGGCACCAUGGGAAGGAAAGUACAACUAGUGUGGCCAGAAGAAAGGAAUGACGAGGAUGCGGCCGAAGUUGCUCAAGAGGAAGUCAUGGAGGGUCCAUCAAUGGGGGAACCCAUGUCCGGAGGUUGUUUUCCGGCUACUGUUCAAGGAGGGGAUCCUUCUCAUUCUACCACAAAGGGUCUCUCUGAUAAUCCAGUUGAUAAGGUAGUGGAUAAAGUGGUAAGCCACCUUGAAAAAUGGCAUUAUGAAGGAGGAUACCGAAGAUUAAGAAUAUUUUCGGGAAUUAUGCCAGUUCCUGCUGGGGAAGAAACGUAUGAGAUGUGGCGUGAAGCUGCAAUCCAACAUUCCGAGGAAUGGCAAUGCCCGGAACACAUAAGGCGACAAAGGGUGGUGGAGAGCUUACGUGGACCUGCCAUGGGGGUGAUACAGGCUACUCGCCGGAGUAACCCUACUGCCACCCUGAGGGAUUAUAUCGAAGCCUUGGAUUUUUCUUUUGGGACAUUGGAAGAUGUGGGAGAUCUUCUGGCCCGUUUGAAUGGCACGUAUCAAGAAUAUGGAGAGACCUUGACCCAUUAUAUAUACCGGGUCGACAGAUUAAUAUAUAAGAUUGUGGAUAAAGGCGGACUUAGUCCCGAGAUAGUCAAUGAAAGAAGGUUAAAACAAGUAUUAAAAGGUGCUCUAACCAAUAACCCUGUAGCGCAGAGAUUAAGAUGCACCAUGUCCAGCGCACUCCCUCCUAAUUUGACAGAUUUAGUCAAGGAAGUCAAGUUGGAAGAGGUACAAAUUGAAAACAGGGAAAAGUCGGUAAGAAAAGUUAAAUUAGUGCUACCAUCGGCUGACAAUCCUUCUCCUAAUAUAGAUGACCGACUGUUAAAAUUAAUUGAGGAGCAAAACAAGAAAAUCGAUCUAUUAAUUGCUUUACAGACUCCGCAACAACCCAUAACAACAUCUCGCACCUCUGGAUGGGGUAGAGGAAUCAACCGAAGGGGAGGUCCUCGAACCAAUAUAGAGUGUUAUAGUUGCGGACAGCUCGGGCAUCGGUCGUUUGAAUGUCCCCUCAAUAGGUAUGACACCCGAGGAAGUAACCCCAACAGGAGGAGGGAGUCCCUGGAGGAAAACGAGAACGGGAGCCCUGUGGACCCCUCACAGGCUCCCCGAUCAUAA